AUGGCUAAGGCUUCCAAGGCUAGCAAGAAGGCUUCACCAUCCAAGGUGGUCAAGAAGACAACAAAGAAAUCCAAGGACCCUAACGCUCCUAAGCGCGCUAUGUCUGCUUUCUUCUUCUGGCUCAGUGAGAACCGCGACAGAAUCAAGAAGCCCGGUAUGGGAGUUUCUGAUGUUGCUAAGGCUGCUGGUAUUGAAUGGGGCAAACUAACUGACAAAUCUAAAUGGGAAAAGAAGGCUAUUGAUGACAAGCAACGUUAUGAAAAUGAGAUGGCUGCUUACAAGAAGAAGUAA